GCCGGAUGCUGUGGGGCUCCUUGACUAUUAUCUGAUGGAUGCAGCAUCUCUCCUGCCCGUCCUGGCGCUCAACGUGCAGCCGGGUGACUUUGUCCUUGACCUUUGUGCGGCUCCAGGUGGCAAGACUCUGGCUCUGCUGCAGACUGGGCUUUGUGGGUACCUGGCAGCCAACGAUGUCUCCAUUUCCCGGACAAAGAGGCUGCACCAGAUUCUCCAUAGCUACGUUCCCAAAGAAAUCAGGGAAACUGUGAGCGUCACGUCCUGCGACGGAAGGGACUGGGAGCAGCUGGAAGGUGGCACUUUCCAUAAGGUCCUGGUGGAUGUACCCUGCACCACGGACAGGCACUCGGUCAUGGAGGAGGACAACAACAUCUUCCACAAGAGACGGACCAAGGAGCGUCAGAUGCUGCCCAUGCUGCAGCUGCAGCUGCUGAUGGCUGGCAUCCUGGCUACCAAACCGGGAGGAGAGGUGAUGUAUUGUACGUGCUCCCUCUCCCCACUGCAGAACGAGCAUGUGAUCGAGAGAGCGGUGGAAAUUGCAGAAACCCAGUUUAACAUCAGCACCCACGUGGAGGACUUGAGCCGCUUCAGGACGCUGUUUCAGGACACGUUUUCCUUCUUCUCAGACUGCCGGCUGGGGGAGCUUGUGCUGCCUCACCUCGCAGCCAACUUUGGACCUAUGUACUUCUGCAAAUUACGUCGUGUGUAAAGGGACAACAGAUGAUGUCUGCUGGCUAUCAGGAAAUGCCCCAGAUUUCCAGGGAAAGCUGAACUGCUUUAUAUUUAUUUUUCUUUUUAAAAUGUCCCAAAGGAAGUCUGCUUUUUUUUUACUGUGGACAAAGAGAAUAAAUGAGAAAGACCUGC